GUCGUCCCAGACGGCGGGCGGGGCCGGGGCCGCAGUCGCAGUGGGCGGUCGAGGCCAGCGCGGCGGUGGGGCUGCCCCGGGACUUGCGGCCGCGGAGGGAUCCCGGUUCGGGGACUCCCAGAGGUCCUGUCCUGGGGCCUCAGUGCUUUCAACUGGAGCAGAAGUGGCUGGAAGGCAGGCCAGCCACCAUGUCCUCCUUCAGGCAGGAAGAUGUGGAGGACCACUAUGAGAUGGGGGAGGAGCUGGGCAGCGGCCAGUUCGCCAUCGUGCGGAAGUGCCGGCAGAAAGGCACUGGGAAGGAGUAUGCGGCCAAGUUCAUCAAGAAGCGCCGCCUGGCUUCCAGCCGGCGUGGUGUCAGCCGGGAGGAGAUCGAGCGGGAGGUGAGCAUCCUGCGGGAGAUCCGGCACCCCAACAUCAUCACUCUGCACGACGUCUUUGAGAACAAGACGGAUGUGGUGCUCAUUCUGGAGCUGGUCUCGGGUGGGGAGCUUUUUGACUUCCUGGCAGAGAAGGAAUCGUUGACUGAGGACGAGGCCACCCAGUUCCUCAAGCAGAUCCUGGAUGGUGUCCACUACCUUCAUUCCAAGCGCAUUGCCCAUUUCGACCUCAAGCCAGAAAACAUCAUGCUCCUAGACAAGAACGUGCCUGACCCGCGGAUCAAGCUCAUUGACUUUGGUAUUGCCCACAAGAUUGAAGCAGGGAAUGAGUUCAAGAACAUCUUUGGUACCCCAGAGUUUGUGGCUCCUGAGAUUGUCAACUACGAGCCCCUGGGCCUGGAGGCAGACAUGUGGAGCAUUGGCGUCAUCACCUACAUCCUCCUUAGUGGUGCAUCCCCAUUCCUGGGUGAGACCAAGCAGGAGACCCUGACCAACAUCUCGGCUGUGAACUACGACUUUGAUGAGGAGUACUUCAGCAACACCAGUGAGCUGGCCAAGGACUUCAUCCGCCGGCUGCUUGUCAAAGACCCCAAGAGGAGAAUGACCAUCGCCCAGAGCCUGGAGCAUUCCUGGAUCAAGGCCAUCCGGCGGCGCAACGUCCGCAGCGAGGACAGCAGCAAGAAGCCCGAGCGGCGGCGCCUGAAGACCACCCGGCUCAAGGAGUACACGCUCAAGUCGCACUCGAGCAUGCCGCCCAACAACAGCUACGCCAGCUUCGAGCGCUUCUCCAAGGUGCUGGAGGAGGUGGCGGCGGCCGAGGAGGGGCUGCGGGAGCUGGAGCGCGGCCGGCGGCUGUGCCGCGAGGACGUGGAGGCGCUGGUGGCCAUCUACGAGGAGAAGGAGGCCUGGUACCGGGAGGAGAGCGACAGCCUCGGCCAGGACCUGCGGCGGCUGCGGCAGGAGCUGCACAGGACGGAGGCGCUGCGGCGGCAGGCGCAGGAGGAGGCGAAGGGCGCGCUGCUGGGGGCCGGCGGGCUCAAGCGCCGCUUCAGCCGCCUGGAGAACCGCUACGAGGCGCUGGCCACGCAGGUGGCCUCCGAGAUGCGCUUUGUGCAGGACCUGGUGCGCGCACUGGAGCAGGAGAAGCUGCCGGGCGGGGAGUGCAGUCUGCGCUAGUGCCACCCUGUUGUCCUGCCGCGGCCGCGUGAGGCUGGCGCUGACAGCUGGCGAUGGUGGACGGCUCCUGGGUCUUGGAGCACUUCCUGGUGGUGGGGUGGCGGCCAGGCCCCAGGACUGCCUCAGGCCCCCGGGCAGGCAGGCAGGAGCCGAAAGCCUCCAGUGGGAUCUGCCCGACGGACUUGGGGCAGCAGGCCCACCCUCUCUGUCCAGCAGGAGCCCCUUGAGCCCCACCCAGCCCCGUCCACAAGUGCUUGCCCCACUGUGUGACGCCCCUGGCCUGUGCUGGGUCCCAGUGAUCAAACUAAGCUGGUGAUGCCCUUAGGGCUGCUCUGGCCGGGCACAGCCCCACACGCCUAUAACCCCAGCGACCCGGGAGGCCGAGGCAGGAAGACGUGAGUUCAAAGCCAGCCUCAGCAAUGUUGCAAGACCCUGUGUCCAAAUAAAAGGGGCUGGGGAUGUGGCUCAGUGGUCAAGCACCUCUGGGCUCAGUCCCCAGUGCAAAAAAAAAACCAAAACGUUGGUCUGGGGAAUGUGUCAGCACAGGAACUGUUGGUGAUGCUGGUCUCGUGUCGCUUUGGGGCCCAGGGAGCCGCCCGGUGCUGGCUGAGGGGUCAUUGAGGAGCUGGGCAGGGGCUAUAAAGUGGCCACCACCCUCUUGGCCCCCAGAAGCACCUGAGGGGCCCCCUGGUGCCAGGCACACCUGCUCUAAGCCCCAGGGUCCCCACUGUCCCUGGCUGCAGUGCCUGUUGGCCCUCAGGUGGUUCUCGCUCCCGUCUCACUUGCUGCCUUUGACGCUUGGGACUCGGGCUGUGGGUGAGCCCGCAGGGCUGCCUGCAAGGGGCUGGUGAGCCACUUUGGUCUGGAAAGUGUGACUGUACCCCAAGCUGGUGUCCCCAGACAGCCCUCCAGGAGCCUGCUAGGUGGCAGGCGUCGGCUUGGACUGAGGGCUGGGUGGGCAGUAUCUCGGGGUGCUGCUAGGUGCCACCUCAGUCCAGCAGGAGGUCGUGGGUGUGGGGGGAUCCCCCAGUGUGCAGGCCGAGGCCAGGCCCAAGCCGAAGCCCUCCAUGGUCGGGAGCCACCCCUGGGCAUGUGGCCCCAGGGUGACUCCUGUGAGCCCUGAGGCUUUUGCAAAGGACCUCCCCAGACAGGGCUGUGCAGAAGGUGCCUGGGCCAGGGGCCCAAGCCUGCAUGGUGUGUCCUCUCCCUGCUCCAGGCCACCCUGCCAGGGAAGAGCAGAUGCAGCAGCCAUGAACUGCACUUACGCUCUGCCUGUCACAGGGGCACGUGGUCCAGCUGGGUGCCCCGGGGAGGGGCCCUCUGGCCUCCACCCCUCCACGCACUGAGGGCAAGCUCUUCCUUAGAAAGGCUUUUUUUUUGCCAGGCGCAGAAGCCACGCCUGUCAUCCCAGUAGCUUGGGAGGCUGUGGCAGGAGGAUUGAGAGUUCA